GUUCCAGUCUUGGCUAUUGCAAAUUUGAACUUGAAAUAGUUGGAAAAAUAAAUGAAUUAAUAAAUAAAUAACAAAGGCUUAAUUGAUUUGAUUUUUAACAAGAAAAAGGAGUGGUUUUAAUUUAAAGUUUCAAAAAUUAAAAAAUAAAUAAAAAAAAAACGCUAAACAAGUACAAAACAUUCAUUUUUGCAAUUGUUCAAAAAAGGGAUUAGUUCUUCAAAAUAGUAUCUUGUCUCCUGCCAAUAUUUAAAUAGGCCAAAAUGUUUCAUAAAUAUUUAAAAUCUCUGCUAUGUGUCAUAUGGACUCUCUAUAGUCCAGUGCUGGGCAAAGCACAGGCUAGAGCCCAAUUGGAAUUGCCACCAUUGCCAACGGCAAGGCCAGAAGUCUAUUAUAACGGCUACACAGUUCAAACGACACCAGCACAAGCUUUGGGAGAUCUAGAUAGAGAUCAAAGAUUUGGCCCACCCUAUGCAGAGGAUUCAAGUGCGGAUGAUGGAUCAGAUGAUUUUAGGAAUGGUCAAACCUAUGAUGAGCGCAUGCGUUACGGUUUCAAUUAUCGCCCUCAGCAAUAUCAACAGUUCAAUUCAAGCAUUACCAAUGAUUCGCCUUUUAGUGAUAAAAAUAUCUACAAUACCCAGACGCUGUUAAACGAUCGCUAUGGCAAUGGGAAUGGGAAUACCAAUUACGAUAAUAACAAUCCAUUAAAUCAUCAUACCUACAAUGAUCGUUAUGGCCAUAAUGCUUAUAACAGUCAACAACAGCAACAGCAACAACAAAAUAAUCGCUACAAUUAUCCCAAUAACAAUAAUGAGAAUAAUGCGACUCCUCGUCCCCCUUCAUUUCAAUACAUCAACAAUAAUCCUACCACGCCAAGCUAUAAUCCUCCCAUAACCACUUACAAUCCCAAUAAUCCAAAUAGUCCUUAUGCGGGAGAUCGCAAUCGCUUUGAGAAUCCCUUUGAUCCCAAUCAGGAUCGUUUCAAUUUGAAUCAACGUUACAAUGAUCGUCAACGCUUUCAGGAUGAUCGUCGCUAUCAAAUCGAAUUGGAAAAGUUAAGGAAUCUAUUGGUCGAAACUGAUCAGCAGGGAUCACAGGAAUGUACAGCCAAUGUGGCAGCGCAAUGGAAUUUCGAGACGAAUGUCAAUCAGUUUACACAAACGGAAGCGCUCAAUGCUCAACAGCGAUAUGUGGAAUUUCAGCGUGUGGUAGCUCUGCAAUCGAGGCAAAUCAAUAAGGAGUUGAUUUUUGAUCGUCGUCUCUAUCGCCAACUGAUGUUGCAGUCCGAAGUGGGGCCCAAUGCCUUGCCUCUAGAGUCUCUGGAUAGGUAUAAUCGACUUAUCAAUGAAAUGCUUUACAUUUACAACGGAGCCACUGUUUGUGCCUAUCAGCAGCCAUUUUUGUGUAAUUUACGUUAUAUACCCGAUCUUAAAGAGAUCAUGGCCAAGUCCAGAGAUUGGGAAGAAUUGCAACAUACUUGGGUGGAAUAUCAUCGCAAGGCGGGCAGAGAAAUGAGAGAUGGCUAUGAGCAAUUGGUGGAUGUAAUGAAUGAAGUGGCCUUUGUUAAUAAUGUUACCAAUGGCGGUGAAUAUUGGUAUUUAGCCUAUGAGUCUGGCAAUUUCCGCCAAGAUGUCGAUAAUGUCUGGGAACAAAUUCGUCCCCUCUAUGAGGCUCUACAUGCCUAUGUGCGACGUCGCCUACGUGAAUACUAUGGCCCUGAAAGGGUUAAUCGCAUUGCACCCAUCCCCUCACACAUUUUGGGCAAUAUGUUUGGCCAAUCUUGGUCUAAUGUUUUGGACAUUAUCAUACCCUAUCCUGGCAAGAAGCUGAUUGACAUAACCCCUCGCAUGAUAGAGCAGCGCUAUACACCUCAGAUAAUGUUUCAAUUAGCAGAGGAGUUUUUCACUUCCAUCAAUAUGUCCGCAGUGGGUCCUGAAUUCUAUCAGAACUCAUUAAUAGAACAACCUUUGAAUCGAAGAGUCCUUUGUGAACCCUCGGCCUGGGAUUUCUGCAAUCGUCAUGAUUUUCGAGUUAAACUCUGCACCGAUAUCAAUCAAAAGAGUUUGAUUAGUGUGCAUCAUGAAAUGGCCCAUAUACAGUAUUUCUUGCAAUACCGUCAUUUGCCCAAGGUCUUUCGAAAUGGGGCCAAUCCAGCUUUCCAUCAAGCCAUUGGUGAUGCCAUAGGCCUUUCGGUGGGUACUCCACGCCACUUUCAAACCUUGGGCCUCUUGCAGAGAUCUGUCGAUGAGAGUAGUUAUGAUAUUAACUACCUCUUUACCAUGGCCAUUGAUAAACUGGCUUUUAUGCCUUUCGCCUUGGCCUUGGAUAACUGGCGCUAUGAUAUAUUCAGCGGCAGAGCCAAUAAGCAUAUGAUGAAUUGUCAUUAUUGGAACCUAAGAGAAAAAUAUGGAGGCAUUAAACCGCCAGUGCUGCGUUCGGAAAAAGAUUUUGAUGCUGGUGCCAAAUAUCAUGUUCCUGCUAAUAUACCAUACAUAAAAUACUUUGUGUCCACAGUCUUGCAAUUUCAAAUCUAUCGUGGCAUGUGUCUUGCUGCUGGUCAAUAUGAUCCCAAUGAUCCACGCAAGCCAUUGCACAAAUGCGAUGUCUAUCGUCAUCCCGAAGCGGGCAAUUUAUUGAAAAAAAUUAUGGCCAAAGGCUCCUCACAGCCGUGGCAGGAAGUCAUGGAGGAGGCCUUGGGCGAGGGCCGCCUGGACGGUUCUGCUUUGCGUGAAUAUUUUGCCCCUCUGGAGGAAUGGCUGCGUCUGGAGAAUUUGCGCACCAAUGAAUAUGUGGGCUGGAACUAUGAUGGCGACUAUUGCAAGCGCAGCAUAGAGACGGCCAAUUUGCAAGUGUUUGGUGGCUACUACAAUCACGGCCAAUCAGCCAAGGUGUCGCGCUGGGGCUAUGCCAUAGUUGUGGCUGUUAUCUGUUUUUCGCAUUUAAUGGCAUUAUUUUGAAAAUGGUAAUUCAACUGUAAAUUGGAGCUAUUAACACUAAAUGCUUAAACAUUUGGAUUUUAUUUUGUUUUAAGUAUGCUGUUGUUGUUGCCACUAAAGACAAGUCAUUUGAUUCAUUAAAGAAAAGGCAAAACAAAAAAACAAAAGUCAUUAAUACCAUAACCUAGUGAGGCAUAAAUUGUUUGAACAUAUGUACAAUAUCUUUAGUUAAAAUUUAAGAGUUUUGCAAUUCAAACAAUUCAUUUUGUUGCCAGCUGUAUUUUGUCAUUUUGCUUGUGCAAAUUUCAGUUUUUCGCAUUACAUUCUAAUUACCUUCUAAUAUUUGUUUAAGAUACGUUUAAUUAAAACUUAUUAGCUAGAUACUAAUCAUA